AUGAGUCCUUUUUACCCAUUCUACCUGGCAGAGGACACGGAUCACAAAGACAGUCCACCGCCAUACGAGUCGUGUGAGCCUGCUAUGGAGAUGCGUGACUCUGCAUCUUCCCUCUUCGAACUACGAGAUGUCCAGCCCACUGAUGCUUUCAUUGCCGUCAUGGGAAUGACUGGUUCAAGGGAAAAGCACGUUCAUUCAACACUUCUGCGAUACAGCUAUAUGACUGCCGUGGUAGAGGCGCACCAGGCACCUGACGAAAUUGACGGCCGUCGAGUUAUCUUCAUCGACACUCCUGGAUUUGACGACACCAUUCGGUCCGACUCUGCCAUCCUGCGCGAGAUAGCAAACUGGCUCAACAAGGCACACGAGAGAACGGCUAGGAACAACCUCCGCUUGUUCAAAAAACUGUGCGGUGAGGACUCUAUGUCUUCUGUUGCUCUUGCGACAACACACUGGGGAAGUGGAGCGGCAGACAGAGAAAGGCAGCACGCUCGCUACGAGGAGCUCCGUGAGGACGAGGAAUUCUGGAAGCCCAUGAUCCAUCGUGGGGCAACCCCCUUCAUCCACGACGAAGAACGGCUGUCGGCGUUGAAAAUCGUGCGCCACCUUUUGGAUAAUCCGCCCCUGGACGGCAUCGACUUGACAAUCCAGAAAGAGAUGGCGGACGGCAUAACGCUUGAUAAGACCGCGGCGGGCAUAGUAUUAGAGGAGAAGUUAGAAGACAGAAAAGAAUUAUAUGAAAGCGACAUCAAUGACCUUCGGAGGGAAAUUGCAGAGGUCAGGCGGGAUAUUAGAUUGAACCACAAAGACAGGGAAACAGAGAAGCUAGAAAAGGAUUAUGAGCUGUUGAGAGUGAAUCGGGAUCAACUCCAGCUGGAGCGAUCCAAGGAGCUGGAAGACGAGGCCCGACGACAAGAUGAGAUGGAGGCCAAGUUGCAGGCGGAAAAGGACCAAAAUGAGCAUCUUAGGGACGAGAAUAAGAAGACGAAGAAGCAGCUGAAACAAAUCAAGGCAAGAAUCAGACAGGCGCAGGGAUGUGCGCUCAUGUAA